UCCUUUCUUUGUCUUCUUACCUAGAAUGAACACAAAUGGAUCAGAUGACCCUGAGGAUGCAGGGUCUGGUGAAAACAGGAGAGUCAAUGGGAGUAAUUCUCCGUCACUCUCAAAUGGCGGUUUUAAACCUUCUAGGCCUCCGAGACCUUCACGACCACCUCCACCCACCCCACGUAGACCUGCAUCUGUCAAUGGUUCACCAUCUGCCACUUCUGAAAGUGAUGGAUCUAGUACAGGCUCUCUACCACCAACAAAUACAAAUACAAAUACAUCUGAAGGAGCAGCAUCCGGAUUAAUAAUUCCUCUCACUAUAUCUGGAGGCUCAGGCCCUAGGCCAUUAAAUCCUAUAACUCAAGCUCCCCUCCCACCUGGUUGGGAGCAGAGAGUGGACCAGCAUGGGCGAGUUUACUAUGUAGAUCACGUUGAAAAAAGAACAACGUGGGAUAGACCAGAACCUCUACCUCCUGGCUGGGAACGGCGGGUUGACAACAUGGGACGUAUUUAUUAUGUUGACCAUUUCACAAGAACAACAACAUGGCAGAGGCCAACGCUGGAAUCCGUCCGGAACUAUGAACAGUGGCAGCUACAACGUAGUCAACUUCAAGGAGCAAUGCAGCAGUUUAACCAGCGAUUCAUUUAUGGGAAUCAAGAUUUGUUUGCUACAUCACAAAAUAAAGAAUUUGAUCCCCUUGGUCCUUUGCCACCUGGAUGGG